AUGAUGUCUAGGUCGGCUCGACUUGGACGUUACGCGGCCGUCGCGUUGGCCGCGCUGCUGUUGGUCUGGGCCGCCGAUUCCGCUUCCGCCGAUUCCAUUUCCCCCGACGAUUCCGCUUCCGGUUCCGACGAUUCCGCCUCGGACGAUUACCCCUCCACCCCCGGUACAUCUACAACCACCGAAUCCGCCGUCUCGGCCGCCGCCGCCGCUCUCAGGGCGGACGUCGUGUACGAACUCGCUGACCUGGCGUUCACGCGUCUGGUGGCGCACAACUGUUACGAGGCAUACGAUCCGGUAAAGUGUCACGAGCUUUCCGACAUGUCAGCCAAGGACGUGCGCCUUUACUUCGGCGGACUACUGCCCCGCAACGAGACAGUGGUAGCCGUACUCCUGGACAGCGACGCGCAGCUCACAGGCAAGCCGCACGACGCGUUCCUCGUGCUCGACCCGUUCCCCGCUUACAAGUUCGGCCACCCCGUGUUCAUGUUCUACGUGGACGUGGGCGUGACCGUGUGGAAAUGCGAAGACACCGAGGGCAUAUACACAGCGUUGAGCGAUAACACCACAGCGUGCAUUCAAAUGGUGCGCAGUCGCUGGUGCAACGAGCGUCCAAUGACGUCAUCGUGGGACUGCCAGGUCAAGUUCCUGCCAAUGGUGGUGCCCACCCGAAGCGACCGUCUGCAGGCCGACAACUUGCUCGUGUGCGUGGAUAGCAAGGACACGUUCUUGAUGAACUGCCCGCGGAUUCGAGAUGACGGUGCAGAGCUAUCCGACGAAUGCAACCACCUGAAGACCAACAAUAGGGGCUGCACCAGAGGCAACUACAAGUGUUCCUCGCAGAAACCGGUCAACCAGGCUGUAAUGUUGUUCGGCGGCUGGAGCCGAAACAUGGCUGACUUUGUUACAAUGAAUGACUUGAUGUCGUUAAAGGACCGACUCAUUUCUUGGGGAUUCGCCGAGAACAACAUUCGUACGUUUUUCGCCAACGGCAUAAACAUGAGCAUGGACGACGAUGGCACCGUCAGCUCGACAACCGUUAACAACGUCGAACCGGCUGACAAGCUAAACAUACGCAGAUACAUCAAAGGUGUCUGUAGCGCUGCGCGAUGUGCCGACACGUUCUUCCUAUAUCUGUCCAGUCCGGCCAGGAGAGACGGAAACGCGAUACUGUGGGACGCCAACGGCAACGGAAUCGUGGAAAGCGACGAGAUCUAUACGUCCAAGGAGUUCCUGCACGACAUAUCACACUGUUCCGCUCGCCGGGUGGUCGUGUUCGUCGACCAGAGCUACAGUGGCAUGUUGGCGCUGCACGCCCAGUUCCAGCGUCGUCGCGUCGAAAAUGUCAUGAUCAUACCGACCACUAGCAUGGACGACUGGACGCCCAGGCACACUUUUAACGCGUACAUGAGGGAGUCCAGCCGGACAGCCUGUCUAUCCGAGUAUAUCAAGCCUUUCCAAGAAUCCCAAAUGAUGCCACCGGUGUACACAGGCGUUUUCAUGGAGCAAGAGAUGAGGAACAUCUCAAUAUCGGGCAUUAGGCCAUGCUUACCACGAUAAUAAUAUAAUAAUAAUAAUAACAUGGCGGAUAUAUAAGUAAUAUCCAAGACGUCGCCGACAGCCAUUUUCUAUCCAACAGUCGUCAGCGGCAACAUAAUAUUAAUAUCAUUCCUCUCAUUAACUUUAUAUAACAUUAAUUAUUUUUUGCAUUUAUCGUUGGUAUACGAUUUUUAUUAUUGGUAGGUACGCACGAAGUGUUCACUUCAACGAUGUUGUUUAAUUUUAUUUUUUUUUUAUUAUUUUUAUUAUAUUUUUUUUUUAAAUUAAUAUUAUUAAUUUGUUUAUGCUUUUAAACAAAAAGUAUUAAUAUAACUACUUAGCUGCAGUAUGCUCACACCACUACGAUGUAUAAUAAUUUGAUAUUAUAUAAAAUAUGAAUGUAUUUCGUACAAACUACAUCGCGAAUAUAAACGGAGAAAAACAUGUUGCGACUUUCAUCUAUCCUAGAUGUAAAAAUUCAAAUUUUAUGUUUAUAAUUUAAUUAUACAUCUCAAGCUUUUCAUUUUUUAA